AUGGGCGACUACUCGAAAGCACUUGAAUUUCACGAAAAAGCACUUAAAAUCGACGAAAAAGCUCUGCCUCCGAAUCAUCCCAAUUUGGCUAGUUCCUACAACAACAUCGGUGCAGUGUAUAAUGACAUGGGUGACUACUCGAAAGCACUUGAAUUUUACGAAAAAGCACAUAAAAUAAAAGAAAAAGCUCUGCCUCCGAAUCAUCCCUCAUUGGCUAAUUCCUACAACAACAUCGGUGCAGUGUAUAACAACAUGGGUGACUACUCGAAAGCACUUGAAUUUUACGAAAAAGCACAUAAAAUCUACGAAAAAGCUAUGCCUCCGAAUCAUCCCGAUUUGGCUAUGUCGUACUGGCACUUCGGCUCGAUAAAUGCGAAGAUGCAUAAAUAUUCGGAGGCACUUUCAUUUUUAGAAAAGGCACUUUCUAUCUUUAAAAAAUCACUUCCACCUAGCCAUCCUCAUAUUCAAUCGAAUUUAAUAAUAUCAUUAUCAUUGUAA